GAUAACAGCAACUGGUGAACCUGCAGCCCCAGACAGAGAAAUAUCCAUUGACAGAGCAGAGCUGACCUGAUCAGAGAGGGCUUCCUAUAACACUUAGAGGUCAGGGGCGAGGAGAAGAUAGUUGAGCAUGGCUGGGUCUGAUGGCAGGGCUAAAGCGGGGUCUUCACUGCCAGAGGAGCCUGCUUCUUCCCGGCUGUUUUGCUGCAGCUGUGUGAGGCGAUGGAUCCCUCUGGCCCUCAGGGAAGAGAUUUACCACAUCCUGCUAAUAGCAGCACCCCUGCUCCUGUACCGCGUUCUGAAUUUCUGCACUCCGCUUAUUGUGACCGGCUUCUCUGGUAACCUGGGGAAGACCGUGCUAGCUGGCUACGCCAUGUCAUCCGUGAUUUUGAAUGUCACUGCAUUUGCAACAGGAGGGGGGCUGAUCUUAGCAUGCAACACGCUGGUAUCUCAGACGUUUGGUGCGAGGAACCUGCUGCGUGUGGGGGUGAUCCUGCAGAGAAGCAUCCUCAUCCUGCUCCUCUUCUGCCUGCCAUGCUGGGCGCUGCUGGUCAACACAAGGGCCAUCCUGCUGGUGCUGGGACAGGAGCCCGAGGUGGCCAGAAUAGCUCAGAUGUACGUCAUGGCAAUGUUACCCGCUAUUCCGGCGCACUUCCUCCACCUCAUACUUGUGGCAUAUCUUCAGAAUCAGGGUGUGAUCCUGCCCCAGGUCUACAUGAGUGCCGUGACGGCAGCGACCACCUUGCUGAUGAACUACACCUUUGUCACAUGGCUAGACUUCGGCAUCCCAGGUUCAAUUGCUGCCAACUCACUCGCUCAGUUUGUCAACUUCUUCCUGCUCUUGGGCUUCAUAGUGUGGAGGAAGCUGCAUAUCAAGACAUGGGAUGGCUGGAGCAUGGAGAGUCUGCAGGAGUGGGGCUCCUUCAUGAAGCUGGCUGUACCCAGCACCGUCAUGUUCAGUUUAGAGUGGUGGGUCUAUGAAUUUGGAGCAUUCUUUGCAGGUAUGUUGGGUGAAGAUGACUUGGCCGCACAACACAUCGUCAUGAUGCUGGCAUUUCUGAAUUACAUGGUCCCUCUAAGUGUCCAAGGUGCCACCUGUGUGCGAGUGGGCAAUGCGCUGGGUGCAGGAGAUACGGCAGGUGCCAUCAGAGCCAGCAGGGUUGGGAUUGGCAUUGCAGCCGUGCUAGCUGUUUUUCAGGGUGCUAUCCUGGCCUCUGCCAAGACCGUCAUUGCCUAUAUUUUCACUUCAGAAGAGAAAAUUGCCCUGCUGGUCUCUGGAGUCUUCACCAUCUACUGCCUUUCACAGUUCUUUGAUGGUCUUGUGUGUGUGAGUAUGGGAGUUCUGCUGGGUGCGGGCAGGCAGAGGAUAGCCGCUGUGGCUAACCUGUUUGGCUAUUACUGCAUUGGCCUACCUUCAGGCAUCGGCCUGAUGUUUGCUGCAGGACUACACGUAGCUGGUUUUUGGCUUGGCCUACUGAUCAGUGUGUGUGUGCAAGUGACCUUUUUCUUCAUCGUCAUCUCCAAAAUGAACUGGAAAACGAUAACCAAAGAGGCUGUUGCACGUGCAGGGAAGAACGCUUCCACGGCCCUCAUGGCGGACCCAGACCACGGCACCCUGGGGGGAGACAAAGAGAACCAGGCUGAGAAUGGCCACGGGUCCUCCAACCUCUCCACGCAGGAAGUACUGAAGCCUCCCGUCUCAGAAAUCCAGCAGCAGCAGCAGCCUGCAGCUCUGUUCUCCUCCUCCCAGCUGCUCCUGAGGAGAGGACUCACCACUCUGGCUGCCCUCCUCAUCCUCGCAGUGGGAAUCAGCGUUCACCUCCUCAUGCCCCUUCCAGAGUCGUCAUGGAGCUCAGGUGGCAACGCCACCAUGGAUGAUGGAAACUGGACCACCACAGCCUCACCACUAGAACAGAGUACCCUUGCAAUAUAAAAUAAAUCCCUGACAAGGCUGGACAGAGGAGGUUCGGUGUAUAUAAUAUACCCGUGGCUGGGCCACAGACCUUUUAAGUCCUUUUACAGACUGUUAAUGUAUUUUGCUUUGUUUUCUUUUCUUUUGAUUUUUCAGAAAAGUUUUAGUAGUUUUUUUAUAUAUAUAAAGAGGAGACACAUGGUUAACCUGACUCAUGGUUUGCCUUUGUCUUCACGAUACCAUCUGGGUAUCCCUUACAAAUGACAUGUUUUCGAAUGAUGCUCCUUAUUAAAAAUCCUUGCAUGUGAUUGGAUUAACAAACUGUCCCUAUCAUUUGUAUUAAGUUCAUUAUGUCUAACUGUUUAACUUAAACACUUAGUGGUUUCUUUUGCCUUAAGACAUGUAAAAGUUUUUAUCUUUUCACUCAUCAACAUCACAGUAACCCUCUGAUGAAGACGGAAGUAACACCGUCGAAACAUGUCAGGUAAAAGAUAAAAACUUUUACAUGUCUUAAGGAAAAAGAAACCACUAAGUGUUUAAAUGUCCCUAUCAUUUACUGAUGUGCCAUUUUGGCAAAUCACAUUGAACUCGAUUACAGCUGAGAACGACAAGUGGAAGAAGAGCAUAACGCUGGCCAUGUGGAAAAUCCAAAGAACCCGGCGAUCCUGAUUGGCUCAUUCGUCUAGAAAUUGUGAUUUUCCUGGUCCUCAGAUUGUUGUGUGAGGAAACCAGACCGCCGUCGCGUGUAGUUUGGCGAAACGCUACCAGAUGGCGUAAGUCAGGUUAACACUUGGUAGGAAUGUACAGAAUUAAGUCACAUUAAUGCAAACUUCACCAGCAGCUACUGUGUGUGUGCGUGUGUGUGCGACUGUGUGAGUUUGUGUGUGUCUGUGUGUGCGCGCGUGUGUGUGCAUGCGUAUCUGUGUUUAAAGUGAAAUAGAAUUUUGCAUAUUAUUAUUAUCAUAUGUACUGUAUAUAUCGUAUUUUAUUCUGAGGGUAGUCUAAAAAAGAAAAUGACAAUUGAGUAUGCUACAGUAUAUGUU